AAUAACUGUAAAUUAAUGGGAAAUAAGGUGAGUUUUCUUCGAAAUAGUAAAUAAUCCCUAUAUAAGACCGUUGGUAAGAAAGUUGACAGACCAAAAACUCAAGCUGUUAUCUCAGACAUUGAUCUCGAACAGUUUUCAAAUUUCGCUCAAGGACCGAAGGAAUUCUUAAAUGGGAGAUUUGAAUUCAGGGAAAGCCUUGAUGAAUGGGGAUACAUCUGGGCGCAUAGAUUACUAGAGGAUACCUUUGUUAGACCCAAUUUUGAUAUAGACAAAAUCCUAAAGUCUAUCCUAAACAUUUCAUUGAUCAAGAAUGAUCUCACUAUUUGUGAUGAGGGGGAGGUUCUUCAGCCCAAAUUCAUUGAUAUUGAUAAUCAAGGCUGAAAUCUUCGUGAAUUACAAAACAAAGUAUAUCUUGAGAAGAAAGAGCAGAUAAAAGAGCACUCUAGCCAUGCUUUACAGAAAGCAUUUUUGAUAACAAGAAAGAUUCUCUGGCAUGUCCAAAUUGUUGGGAUGGGUGUCGCCACAAUGGAUGUUGUCCUAGAAGGAGAAAAACAUGAUGAAAUGAUGAGAAAAAUGGAACAAAGCCUUGGAAGAGUCAAGAAAGAGUUUACCAAUAAAAUAUUCGACUUAAGGCUUAAAGACUUCAAGUCUCAAUUCAUUGUUAUUAAAAAUAUCUUUAAUAAGGUAAUUUAUGGGACCGACGAUGAAGAACUAAGAAAGUCAAGGAUUGACUCUGCUUUUGUUGUUUGUGAAGAGUUAUUCUUGGUUAUCUCUGAACCCCACUCAGAGAUUUAUAAGUCAGCACACCUAUCAAUAGACUUGGUUUCAUGCUUCAUGAUAAUUCAUCUGGGUAUGCUUCAGCUAGCUGUUGAGUGAUACAACCUACAAGAUUACAAAGAUAGAUUAGACUAUUGCCUUGAGUUUUACCCAUUAUUGAUAAAGUCAUAUAUAGAGCAGGCAAUUAGCAAUUACGUGAAGCCAAUUAUUUUGAACUAUCAUAACCAAGUCUCAAGCUUGAAUGAGAUGGAAGAGAUUUACUAUGAGCUCAGUGACUCCAUCAUCUACAAUCUGACGAGGAAUGGUGAACACCUUAUAUGGAAGACUACUUGAGAAGAGAUGACGAAAGAUAGGAUGUUCUAUAAUUUCAAGGAAGAAAAGCUCAAGUUUGUUGAACCCAAUUACUUACUCGGUCCAGAGCCUCCUUUACUCUGAAGAGCUUUGAGAUAUGGAGUCACACUAAAGCUUGAAGAUCUUUACACUCCUUACUCACAAGGAAUUGAUCAGAUAGUGCAUAAGCUACAAAACACCUUUACUGAAGAGACUGAGAUGAUAACUGAGGUAAAUGUCAAAGAUGAAAAUUCAUUUGAUAAUGAGUUAGAGUUUGAUCAAGUUGAUCAAAUAGAAGAAACCAAAGAUUUUGAUGCUGAUAAAGAGAAUGUAAAUCUCUCGCCUAUAAGUAGCCUCAGAUCUUCUCUGGAUGACUCUCAGAAACAUAUCCCUUCUGCUGGUUUUAAAAUGAAGAAAUCUCUCAAACUAGCUCGUUGAAAUACGGUUAAAAUCAGCCAAACUACACCGAUGGAAAAUUGAGACAUAGACUGAGAUAUUAAAUGUAACUUUGUCCCUGCAACAAAUUAUCACUACCAACAAGUUGCUCGAGUUGAGAAGGCAAGAAAAAUCAUUACAGAAGUAAAGAAGAAAGCUCGUCAAGAACAAGAAAUGCUAAACGAGCUUUACUCCAUCAAGGCUAAGCAACACAAGUAUGAAGAGAUGACAGAGAAUAUUUCUAGAUUAAUAUUCACACAGGAGUUGCACCAAUUGAUGAUUGAUGACAAGGAAUUGUAUGAGAACUUAGAGAAUUAUAUGAUAUUUCACCAUGAGAACAAGAGAGUCAAGCACUUUAGUAACCUUCAGUAGAAUGCA